AUGACGUUAAAGACUGCUGGAGUUGUCAUCUUCAUUAGUUUAACUCUGACUUGUGGAGUUCGUGGACAGGAUGAUGAUUCGCUGGCGAGCAGUUUCUUCUCAGGUCUCUUCAAUUCCUUGACCAACACUGCAGAAGCCGCAGACUGUCCCGGGGUGUGUGUCCACGCUCGAGCGACACUGAUAUGUGACGAGGUCCUCGAGGACUUCCAAUGCCCGACGGCGAGCAUGCGAUGCUGCGUCAAUGGACCGUUGAACAGCACCGAGACAUCGUCGGAGAACGACAUCGAGGGCUCGAUGCCCACGAGCACCGAGAAGCCCAUCACCGUGAGCUAUCCAGCUACCACGACCCUCUCCACGACCACCACCUUCGCCACAACUACCACAAGCCCCAGUGCAACGUCUACUGCUGUCACCACGGUGAUUCAGAGGGAGCCGGAGAAGCCAUCGAGGACUCGAACGAAUGAAGAUUCAGGCGGAGAUAAGACAACAAAGAUCACCGUGACAACUCAGAGACCGGAGCCCCCGCCACAAAAACCGUGCACGGGAGAAUGCACCAGUGGGUUCUUCGCUCUAUUCUGCGAUAAUAUCGAUGGUGAGGCUGAUUGCCCCGAUGGGGGCUCUUGUUGUAUCAGUGAUCCAUCGAUCGAUAAAGAGCAGGAGAUAAUCACAACUACCUCUCGCCCAUCGACAGAAUCACUGCGGGGCGAGUUACCCCCCUGCAAAGGCGUCUGUCUUCUACCGAUGUUCUCCACAUUCUGUGAAGGAUCCAAAACAAUAGUUUCUGGAACUUCUUGCGACGGCGGAUCGAUCUGCUGUGAGGAGAGUACCUCAUCAACACCUGUGCCACCCACAACAACCCCUCCCCCAUCGACAGAAUCACCGCAGGGGGAGUUACCCCCUUGCAAAGGCCUCUGCACGGAGCCGCUGUUUUCCAUAUUUUGUGAAAAACCCAGUGCCAUAAUUUUCCAAACAUCAACUUGUGAAGACGGAUUCAUCUGCUGCGAGGCGAGUGAUUCUUCACUCGAGGGUCAAUCUCGUUUUUACAGACGGCUGAAGCACCGAAUAAGUGCGGCGAAAGUCAAUGUACCCCUGAUGCUCGGUUCUUAUGCCGGCGAGGGUGAUUAUUCUAUUUCCCCCACUUGCAGUGUGGCACCGUGGCUCCUUGAGUGCAGGGGGAUGAACUGA